GUUCUACAAUAAAAAUAUCCAUUAUAAAUACAGAACCCUAACUCUCUUUUCAGUUGCUGACUCAAAUCUCCAAACUCCUAGAAAAUCUCCAAAUUCCCAAGUUUGUUUCUUUAAUCUCUCUAUUCCUCACAAACUCAUCAAUUUCCAACGAACCCACAAGAUCAAAUAUUUAUCCUUUUUUCCUCGUUGAGAUCGAUCACACACACACAAAUCUGAAAUCUGAGAUCUUUAACAUCAAUGGCGUCAUCGUCUAGCCUGACUCGAUCGGGAAGCGUCCACCUAGACGAGAAGUGGAAACUGUCAAAGAAAGACGGCGGCGCGUCGAGGAUCACGCGCUCUUCAUCGACCUCAUCUUCUUCCUUCAACGGCAAGAAACAGGGGAGAUGUGCUUUUACGAGAAAGUGUGCAAGAUUGGUUAAAGAACAGAGAGCUCGUUUCUACAUCAUGCGUCGAUGCGUAAUCAUGCUUAUUUGCUGGAGAGAUAAUUACUCUGAUUCUUAAAAAAAAAAAAAAAAACCAAAUCUCUCUCUGUUUCUUGAUUUCUCUGUUUCUAUGUUUCUGAAACCAAAGUAGAUAGUUAUAAUACAUGUACAUAAAGGGUUCUGUUUUCUGUUGGUUUCUACUUCUUUAGAUGAACUUUAGAUUUUGUUUAUGAUUCUGGUUAGAGAAGCUUUGUUUAAGAUCAGUUCCAGUGUGAAGGAAAAUAAAAAAAAAACGAAGAACAGACAAAUUGUAAAAUAUUUUAAUCAAGUAUAAAAUAGUGAAUUAGAUUCGUCUUUCGACUUCUUGUGACGAUUUUGUUUUUGUUUGUUGCUCUUUUGUUCGUUUGUGUUUUUUGCAUAUUUUCCUCUUCUUGUUGUUCAUUAAUGAUAUUACUCUGAAGAUGACGACGAUGAAUGUGGCUUUUCUCUAGAGUCUAUAGAGGUGGGAGAGAGAGAAAAAGAUUCCAUUGGAACUGUUACGAUUAAGCUAUGUGUGGAUCUUGUGUGCUUAGUCUGACAAAGUUAUUAGUUUUUCUCUCUUUUUAGUAAUAAACAAUUAUGAUUUAUAUAUUUUUCUAAAAUUUCAUUUCUUAAUUAGUUAUGAUUAAUAUUUGAAGUUGUAGUCAAGCUCUUUUGUUUAUGCUUAAUGAUAUAAAACUAUACUUGUAGAAUUGUUAGACUUAGCCAUGAUUAGACUUGUUCAAGAAAUUAGAAUGUGUUAAAUAUGAUUACGACUUUCUUUUAUACUUAAACUAUUACGAGGCUUUUUUAAUAUAGUUUUCGAUUAGUGCCAUUUCGUUGCUUAUGAAAUUGGUUCUUUAACGGGUAAUAUUUAAUGUUGAUUGGGACUAAUAUUGGAGGUGAUUUUUUUCCUUCUCAAGAAAGGAAGAAUAUUGAUUGGUUAAUCUUGGAGGUGAUUUUUCUUCUCAUGAAAGGAAGAAUCAUAACAAGAUACGUGGAUUAUAUCUAGUUUAAUUGUUUAGUUU